AUGGCGAUCUGUCUGCAGACUUGGAUAGUGCAAAGCCAGGUUACACACGUCGCUUGUGAAAAUCAUCCCAAAAUAUCUAGUCCCGAGGACCGCGGGGUCAAGCGGAAGACCUUCUACAUGUCGACAGGUCCCUCAACCCUAAGGAUGCCUCUCAUUAGCAUGAACAGGGGGAAGGGCCAAAAGAGAGAGAAAGGAAGAGAGAGAGAGAGACACUCUGGCUCCCUUGGAGUUUGGAAAAAGAUUUCCUUCACAAUGACAUCCCCAGGUCUUUGGCUCCUGGGCUUCGCGUUGGGCUUCCCCUUCAGCUCUGGGGCAGGGCCCCUGCCAUAUGCUGGAAAGUCUAUCCAGCCGUUCAGCAAAGACAUGUAUGGGUCCAUUGGCUCCACACCAAGCCAGAGUAAGUCUCCACUAGGAGGCGGCAGCACUGAGGACCAGACACUGCCUCCAGAAGGCCUGGGGAAAGGGAAAGCCGAACAGACGCACCUGCUGUCCCGGGACAAGAAGAAAAAGGUCAAAUAUUCAGUAGAGAACCACACAGGUUUAAGGAAGGAGCCCAUUCAGGAUGCCAAGGGCUUCCCUUCCGAGAGCCGCCAGGAGAGCAUUCUCCCCGCCAUUAACUUCAGUCAAACAAACCGAAUGCACACGGAUAGGCUGCAACUGAAAGCAGCCAACAGCAUCUCUGCCUACUUCCGGCCCCCUGCCUAUUCCCAUCGCCAGGGUAGAUUGCUGGCAGAAGCUCACCCUUUCAAGAACGCAGGGUCAAGCCCUGGGCAACGUUCUGGAAGUUUGGAUCGCCUCCAUCGGCCUGGCAAGAUCAAUCCCUAUGACAAGCCCAGCCGUUCGCUCGGAAAUGGCACCGAUCCCUCCUGGCUCACAAACCGACAGGCAUCAAGCUUGCCGUAUCACCACAGUGUCUCAAAGAACGAUGCUGACAAUACAGAGGUGUGCCUGACAGACUGCAGGAGGGAACAUGAAGAGGUGGAGGCGUUCUGCAGCAGCGAAUUCGUGGUGAAUGGGAUUGUUCAUAAUGUCAUCAUGGUUCAUAAAGGAACGAGUUUGGUGACACUCUUGGUGAGCAGCAAUGGACUGUACAAGAUAAAUCGCCUGUACUUCACCCCUGAUGGCUUCUUCUUACGAGUUCAUAUGAUGGUUGUGGAUACCUUGAACUGCAGUAAACCCUGUCCGGACUUUAAACUUGGAAGCAGAUACAUAACGAUGGGUCAGAUCUACCACAGGAGAAGACAGCUGCCGGCAGUUCUUCAAGAGCAUGUCAGAGGGCACCUGAGGCCAGGAGACGGGCUGCUUUGGAGGGGCAACAGCUACAUAAAAAGGUUCAACAGAAGGCGGCAUCAGAAAGUUCAACAGGCAGCUCACACCAAAUGUGGGUGAGGAUGGACAGCUCCUCUGGGACUGAAGCAGGUUUGCAGCUGUUAUUAGAAGCAGCUACGGCUUUUCCAGCUUCUCUGGAAAAAGGCUCCAGGUCCUGCCUAAAUGGUGGGAGGUUUUUUUGUUUCUUCUGUGGCACCCUAAUGACUAACCAGGUUAUUGAGACAUGAGCUUUCAUUGGCUUCAGUAAUCUACCAGCCAACACAAAAUCCACAACAAACCUGUUUGCAUCUCAAGAUUGAGCUGCGAUUCUGGAAUUUACUAUUGUUCAUGGUCAACGCAUGCUUUGAGUUUCUUACUCCCUUUCCUGUUUAUAAUGUACUUUCACAGCAGUAUUUCUACCUGUCUCUAACCAUAGUCCUGCAGUGGAUUACAUAUUUCAUCAAAACUGAUUAUUUUCAUCUCCUGGGCAAGUUUCUACAGGUGCAAAUCAACAUGACAAGAACAGUUCUAAGCUGAAAAUGAUGAAACGUGAUAAUAUAGGCACACUUGCUUCUUACUAGGCAUCUUCCAGGUUGUGGUCCUGAAUAAUUUCAUUCUCAAUUCUUAAAAUUAAAUCAAGUUUAGGCAUCUAGCUAUUCCAAUUACCGUAGCUCGCCUGCUAUGUACUUUGCUUGAUCAAAGCUACGGUUUGUUAUUACCCAAACUCUGCAAUAAACAGCACAGGAAAUGCAAGCAGUCUACAAAAACCACUCGAACGGAAAAUCAAAUGAUGGCCAAAGUUGCCAGCAAUAUGCAUGCUUCCAUGAGAAACCGACAGUUUUUGGCAUUAAUAUUGGGGAGUUCACAUUUUAAAAUAUGAUACAUUCUUUGGCACGAUCAGAAAUGCAUGUGAUUAAAAAUAAACAACGUAUAGAAUUUUAGCUACAAGUAAACCUGCUUAUGGAAUUGGGCUUUCCCAAUUCCACAUCCCCACUAUAGUACUUUGGAGAGUGGGUUUUUAGCACAAGCCAUGCCAUUAUUUACCUUCCUUUUUGCUUGUUAACAGAAGUAAUUUAUGAUGGGAGUUUCUGCUGACCUGAGAGUACACAAAGCUUAUGCAGUCAUAUUCAUCCUCAAGUUCAAAUUUAAUAGCCACGAACUAAGCAGAACAUUGGGUGAAUGUUGUUGCUCUCAGGCCAGAAGGUAAGGGUCUUCUGUUAAUAGAUAUUUUCCCCCAGGCAAUUGUACAAAGAAAUUAGGCACAUAUAAAUCAUAAGCAAAAAUGCAGAGAGUUAUCAGCUUUUGGGGCAGUUUCACGACUGAUCUCACAAAGGCAACUGCCUUAUGUAGAAAACAAUGCAUUCAAACAUUUCGAGGAAACAUUGAGAGUUGAUAACUGAAUGUUUGGAGAAAACUAGGCCUAUGUUCUCUACAACAGCAAUGUCUCCAAGAUGUAGUUACUAUUAAGAGAAAGCGAUAUUGUUAUCAAAAUGGUCCAAUUUAGUAACAGGGCAUAUGUAUGCAAAUGGAAAAAAAUGCAGCUCUUCGGCUCAAGUUUCAGAAGGGAAAAAAAAAAAGACUUUGCUUGAUGAGAGAUGGAAAAGGAAUGGAAGGCUUCAUAAGCACUCUCUGCCAUUGUAGGGUUUCGGUGUUUUUUUAAAAAGCUCUGGCUGGAAUUACCUAGGAGAGCUGCAACCUUAUACCAGCAAAACAAUUCAGAAAUGUCUCCUCGUUAGAUCUGUCAUGAUUUCAUAACAGGUUAAUGCAUUUUAUUAAUGGAAGGAAAGGAGUUGGUUCAGAUUGUGUGGGGAAAUGGCACACUUACAAUCAAGAUGUCAGAAUUGAAUUUUUUCCAAGACAUCUUGAAUGAAGGCAUUUUAUUUUGUCAAAAGGAGACUUCCUGGCAGCAGCCCAGACCAGUGGGAGGACAGGGGGCAGCCUGCAUACAACUAUUCCCUACAUUUAUUCCAUUAGACUAUUUUCUAUAAUUAACUCAAAUCUAAAUGCCUACGAUGCCAGUCUUCCAUUACCAGCGGAAAGGAUGAGCUGUUAUAGGACCAGUGUAGUUUUAAAACUUGCUUCCUAGAAAAGACGAAUACCUAUUUUGAUUAUAUCAGUAUGGACCUGUAUUAAACUAAUGAUAAAAAUGAUGUUCAGAGACCCUCUAAAUUGUUUUGCAGAGCUUGCUGCUUUGGAGAGCUUAGUUCUACUUCCAUGGCAUUUUAUUCCUGUGUGUGCUAGAGAGGUCUUUCCUAAAGCUUCAUGACAGAGGUGAGAUUUGAACUGGGGAUUUCCUGUACUGCAAGCGCUUGGUACAAUCCUAUACACUCAAACACUUAGUAAAUCCUCUAGGACAGACUUCUGAGUAAACUUGUUUAAGAUGUGUCUAUCUUUUCCUAACAUUCAAACACUCCGAUAAGGAUUAGUGCUACAUAUACUGAAGUUUGGUGAAAGCAGACUUGGAGGUGAAGAGAGUAACAUUAAAAUGCAACAAUAGCUGGUGAACUCAACCCCUUGCUUUAUCUGAAAUGUUUGGCUUUUGUGUGUGUUUAUUUUCUUCGGAAAUGCAACUCAACAGAUUCCUUGUUUACAAUGUAAACUUGUAAAAGCAUCUGAAACUCCAAACAUACUUCUCACCAGCAGUUUGAAAAUGCUGUUUUGCAUGAUGUGGCAAGAACAGGUAAACUCCCCUCAUUUCUGCCUCUCGAUUCCUGUUAUGAGUUGGAAAACGAAAGGAGUGACAUCUCUGUCCAUAUCUACCUAUGUAAAUUUCUUUGGAGAGUACUAUCCCCCCUUUAACAGUAUUAGCUAAUUUCCUACGUAGUCAGACUAAUAUGUCUAACGGUACACGUCAUAAAAAACUGGUGAAAUAUA